AUGCAGCACUGCUGACAAUAUGAAGGGCGUGCCCUUAAUAUUCUUCCUGCUUCUCUUCCUACUUCCUUUCUCUGCUUCAUCUCUGAAAAAGCAGGUGUAUGUAGUGUACUUGGGAGAGCACGCCAGAGAAAAGCCAGUGCAUGAAAUUGAAGACACCUACCGCUCGUAUCUCCUUUCUGUCAAGAGAACAGAGGAAGAAGCCAGAGCUUCUCUUAUAUACAGCUAUAAGAACAUCAAUGGCUUUGCUGCACAUCUUACCCCAACUGAGGCUUCAAACCUCGCUGAAAUGGAAGAAGUGGUGUCUGUGUUCCGAAGCCACCCUCGAAAGUACGCCCUCCACACCACAAGGUCAUGGGAAUUUUUAGGCUUAUAUAUUGAUGAAGCAGCGCAAAACCCAUCCAAGUUGCAGAGAAGAGGCUGCAAUUUGCUACACAAAGCCAGAUAUGGCCAAGAUAUGAUCAUUGGGCUUCUAGAUACAGGUGUAUGGCCGGAGUCACGAAGCUUCAAUGAUGAAGGAAUGCCACCGAUUCCCAAUUCAUGGAAGGGGACUUGCCAAAGUGGGGUUGCUUUCAAUUCAUCCAAUUGCAAUAAGAAAUUGAUUGGAGCUCGCUACUACCUUAAUGGCUACGAGGCUCACUAUGGCGUGGGUGCUCUAAACGCAACAACUGAUGGCGCAUCUCCCCGCGAUAAGCAGGGCCACGGCUCCCACACAGCAUCAACCGCAGGCGGGCGUGAGGUUCCCAACGCCUCUGCCAUCGGAGGAUUUGGUUACGGCGUCGCUUCGGGUGGCGCGCCCCUCGCACGCCUCGCCAUCUACAAAGUUUGCUGGUUGAUUCCGAGCAACCAGAUGGAAGACGACCAAAGCAGCAUAUGCUUCGACGAGGACAUGCUGGCGGCCAUCGACGAUGCCAUUACCGACGGAGUUCAUGUGCUGAGCAUAUCUAUUGGGUCCGACGAGCCGCUUCAAUAUAGCGAGGACGGAAUAGCGAUUGGGUCUCUUCACGCUGUCAAGCACAAUAUAGUGACUGUGACUUCCGCUGGAAAUUCGGGUCCGGAUACGUCGAGUGUGAGCAACGCGGCUCCCUGGAUCCUAACUGUUGGUGCCAAUAGCAUUGAUCGUGCAUUCCUCUCGCCGGUGGUGCUCGGGGAUGGCAAGAGAAUAAUGGGACAAUCAAUUACUCCAUACGGGCUGAAGAAGGAUCAAUAUUCACUAGUUUAUGGAGCAGGGAUUGCUAGUAAUGCAUCAAACACCAAAGAUGCGGAGCAAUGCCUACCUGGGUCCCUUUCAAAAGAGAAAGCCAAAGGGAAGAUUGUGUUCUGCAAUAGGGGUGUUAUACAUAAAUUACUAAAAUGCAAGGAGGCAAAAAGGGUGCAAGCCGCUGCAUUCAUUCUGGGAAAUAAUGCAGCAAAUGGAAAUGAACUGUUGCUGGACACGAACUUCAUUCCUUCAAGUGCCGUAACUUUUAAGGAUACCAUAAAAAUUCGUAAUUACAUAAACUCUACCAAGAACCCAACUGCCACCAUCAUUUACCCAGCAACUGUGUUCUACAACAAUGCAGAGAUUUUUAUGGCUUCUUUCUCCAGCAAGGGUCCGCAUGCACUUUAUCCUAAUUUUCUCAAGCCCGAAAUCACAGCUCCAGGAUUGCACAUAUUGGCAGCAUGGAGUGAAGGAACUUCCCCAACAGACUUACCUGACGAUGAUAGAGUCGUUCCAUACAACAUCAUGUCUGGCACUUCCACGUCUUGCCCUCAUGUUGCCGGUGUCGCUGCCCUUCUCAAGGCCGUACAUCAAAAUUGGAGCAGUGCCGCCAUAAGAUCUGCCCUCAUAACCACAUCUAAGACCACCACCAGUGCAGGAUUGCCAAUAAUGGAUGCAUUUGGGAAUCCGGCAGAUCCUUACCUAUGUGGCGCAGGACUCUUGCAGCCCGAGAAGGCGGCCGAUCCCGGUUUGGUGUAUGAUGCUUCAUACACCGAUUAUCUUCUUUAUCUCUGCAGCAUAAGGCUCGAGAACAUCGACCCAUCCUUUAAGUGUCCCGUAGCAACUCCUCGUGAACUGAAUAACCUCCUCAAUUGUCCCUCCCUUGUACUUGCCAAACUCAAUGGCACAAUGACCGUGAAUAGAACGGUGACUAAUGUGGGAGGUGCCAAGAGCGUGUACAUCGCAUCUGUGAUGCCGCCGUCGGGAUUUGUGGUUGAGGUGUGGCCAAGUAUGUUGGUCUUCGACCAUGUGGGGCAGAAGAAAAGCUUUAUCAUUACUGUGAGAACCAAUUCUCAGAAGAAGGGAGGCCAGAAUAAUGAUCAAUAUGCAUUUGGGUGGUAUGCUUGGGCUGAUGGGCUUCACUGGGUGAAGAGCCCUAUUGUAGUGUCUUUGACAUAG